UGGGUCGCUCAGUUGCUCGCUCGCAUUCGUUGGGUUCGCAGUGAGAAAACCAAAACAAAGCUGUCCCUCCCCAGAAGGGUUUCGCUUUCUUUCCCCCGAGAGUUCAAGUGUGUGUCAAGUCAAGACCGAAUAAUUGAGCCAACGCGCGAUUCUUUGUUGAACUUAGAAUAUCACCAACAAAAACGAGAACGAAAGUUUCCGCGCGUCAGGUUGGAAAUUGGAUUCGAAGUUUUGUUCUGAGUCGAGAAUUAGUAGUUCGCGAAUUGCGCGUGGUUUGCGUUGGGGUUAAUCAAAGGAAGCCCUGGAGUUAAUUGUUUCGUUCAAAGUGGAAGCCUGCUUCGAUCUUUAAGGAACAAAUAGUUACUCUCGCCCCGGAAGUUGGAGAGUAAUUUUUGGUGCACUUUCGAAACGGUGCGUGAACUUUGUAGAAAGAACUUGACCCUUAAACAGGAGCUAAAAGUUCUGCGGACAAGGUCCUUGCAAAUUAUUGGUGAGGGUACAGAGUGAAGUAGGAAUAAGAGUAAGUCCAACAAAUCCGAGACCAUCUGUUCGAAUCUGUGUUUGUGUUUUAAAUACACAGGCAGAGCAAACUGAAAUUAGUGAGAUUAGUGCUUCUGCCUUCUGCCAACGCUUGGAUGGACAGGAAGGGCACUGCGAUCAGCCUCAGUCUCCGAGAAUCGUCGAAGAAUGUCAUAGAGGAGGUAUAAUGUAACAAAAAAGCCGAAAGGAAAAGAAAGGUGCCUAGUGAUCCGAACCGAAGAAAUCAGUGAAACAAUAGAAGUAGGAAAACGGGAGAGUGCGAUUAGGGAAGUGAUGAGAGAGAGCUAAAAAUAAAACAUCGAAGUGACGAAGGCAAUCUGAGGAGGAGUAGUGAUCCCGUGUGAAAGAGUUGAAAGUGGGAAAGAGAAAAGUCUAGAAUCAAGCUUGGAUCCGACGUAAAUCGGGAAGGAAAGAAAUUCCCAAAGUUGCAAGUGCUGAGUGCUUGGCUAAAUAGUGGUGUGUUGUCACAGUAGUUCAGAGGAAGAAUAUUUCAAGGGAGUUGUACCUCCAGAGAGAAUAGCCGCGCUCAGAUGGCGAUGCUGGCAAUAGCAAUGGAUAACAAGGAGAACGUAUUCAACGCAGCUCGUGACGGCAAUUUGGUUGUCCUGAAGCGAUACAUCAGCGGACGGCCACAGAAUGAGAUCGAAAUGUUGGUGACGGCAAAGACAGGUGGCGCCACCCCACUGCUGAUCGCUUGCCGGAAUGGACACUUCGACGUAGUGCAGUAUCUGAUCAAACGGUGCCAUGCCGACGUCGAACAGUCAGGAUCAGUGAUUUUCGACGGCGAAACGAUAGAGGGCGCUCCUCCCCUAUGGUGCGCCUCAGCCGCCGGCCACACCAGCAUAGUGAAACUCCUAGUUCAGCACGGUGCCAAAGUGAACAGUACAACCAAAACCAACAGCACACCCCUGCGAGCGGCCUGCUUCGAUGGGCACUACGAAAUCGUCAAAUAUCUCGUUUCACACGGUGCCGAUAUCGAAGUGGCGAAUCGUCACGGUCACACCUGCCUGAUGAUCGCCUGCUACAAGGGACACUACAAAAUUGCACAUUACCUUCUAUCGCUCAAAGCGGACGUGAACCGGCGUAGCGUGAAAGGCAACACCGCCCUGCACGAUUGCGCCGAGUCCGGCUCGCUGGAAAUUCUCCAACUGCUCCUGCAGCAUGGUGCUACAAUGGACGUAGAUUCCUAUGGAAUGACACCCCUCCUAGCUGCCAGCGUUACAGGACACCUGCCCAUCGUAGAACACCUCAUUAGCCUGCCAUUCGUGAAACGGGAAGAUAGAAUAGCUGCCCUCGAACUCCUCGGUGCAACCUAUGUAGACAAGAAACGUGACAUGCUCGGUGCACUCUCGUUCUGGAAACGUGCCAUGGAAGAUAGAUAUAGCAACAACCCAGUCCUGCCGAAACCCGUGCGCGAACAGGUUCCCGCCUACGACUACGCCCAGGAAGUGAAUGACCUCAGCGCUUUGGACGAGCUGGUUAUGGACCCAGACGAGAUGCGUAUGCAGGCGCUUCUCAUACGUGAACGGAUACUCGGACCGGUCCAUCCCGAUACCAGUUAUUACAUUCGCUUCCGAGGUGCCGUCUACGCCGACUCAGGUCGAUUUGACCGGUGUAUAGAACUGUGGACGUACGCCCUGUCGAUGCAGCAGAACAUCCUGGAACCCCUGAACCCAAUGACGCAAUCCUCGCUUCUGUCAUUCGCCGAACUGUUCAGUUUCAUGCUUGGGGAAGCCGGCCGGCCGAUUACCCGCGGACGAAUUGUGCCUCCGAUCGAAACCUCUGACAUGUUGAUCAUCUUCAAGAAAUCGAUCCGCGAAGUGCAACUCGGCCAGCGCAUGAUGGAGCAGAUGCCAUCACACGAACGGGACAGUACGGCUCUGAACCGCGCCCUCGUCAUCUCGUUGCACUUGGCCUGCCUUCUGGCGCGACUGCUCGACGAAGACGAGGAAAUUUGUUGUGAUAGUAUGAAGCAUCAGAUCCUGCGUGCUUUCUACGAAUUAGUCAGUUUAAAAAUUGUAGCCAAAUCCGGACGGACGGCGCUACAUCUUGCGUGCUACAAGGAGGCGGCCCUGGUCGGUCGCUAUCCAGCCUGUCAACUGCCAUCGCCACGCCUCGCCAAAGCACUGCUCCAGGUCGGUGCCGAUCCGAACGCACAGGACGAAGCCGGAAAUACGCCCCUGCAUUUAGCGGCCCUCACCCGACCCUGCCCGGCCGAUCUAGCGAAAACGUUGCUGGAGUAUGGAGCGCAUUUGGUGAGUAUCGGAGGUUCCGGGUUGAUUUUGAUGGAAUAG